AUGAGAAAUCCAGCUUCCCCAGGUGGGACACCCUCCCAACAUAAUUCAACACUGGCUAUCUCUCCUUUAAUGGUUAAUAGAACUGCAAGGUGCCAAGGAAGAAAUUCAAAUAAUCAACCUUCUACCAAUAUUGAUAAUUUAAAUAAUAUACCUUUUUCAAAUUCAAAUAACAAUAUCAAUAAUAACCCAUUUCAGACAGUGAUAAAUAGUCCAUUAGUUCAAAAGGUCUCGAAAAACUUUAGUUCAAAAUCAGGAUUAACGACACCAAGACAGACGAAAAAUAUUUCCUUCAAUAAUAUAUACAAUUCCAAUGUAUCAAAUAACACAAUUGGAGCCCCAAAUCAUAUCAUGUCUUCAACAUUGCGAAAAUUCAGUCUUCACAAAAACCCGUUGAAUCUUAGUAUACAAGAUGUAAAUAAUAAUAAUCAAGAUUGUUAUAACAAUGAUAUGACUAUUGAUUCAGCCAUUGAUAAUAAUGACAAGACAAAUAUUAAUAAAGAUAAUCCUUUACUAACUACUUUGACUACAAACUCAGCACCUGUAACUACUCUAAAUGAAAUAGAUUUAACGAAAUUAUCUUCUAUUGAAAGGUUAAGACUUUGGAGACACGAUGCAUUGAUGCAGCAUAUGUAUACUACUGCAGAAUAUAUUGGAGAUAAGAUAUAUAGCAUAACAAACGAUCCAAAUGAUGCAUUUUGGUUGGCACAGGUUUAUUAUGAUAGCAUGGAAUAUCAAAGAGCGAUUGAUUUAUUGACGACUACAAGCACAGAUGAUUUAGAUUAUGCCAAUCUUCCUUCUACAAGUCUAGUUACAAUCAAUAUCAUGUGCAGAUAUCUGGUAGCCCUUUGUUAUGUUCAGUUACAAAAAUAUGAAGAAGCCUUGGAUAUUGUGGGAGAAACUAAUCCAUUUGCGGAUGAAUCGAUAAGUGAAGAUGAGUUUAUGACUCAACAGAGACAGAAGACAGAUGGAGGGAUUAAAUUAGAGUCAUCACUUUGUCACCUGAGGGGUAAAAUCUACUGUGCAUUAAAUAAUUUCGAAAAGGCCAGAGAAUCUUUUAAAGAGGCAGUUAAGGUGGAUAUUAAGAAUUUUGAAGCAUUUGAUACUUUGACAAGUAAGUAUCUAUUGACACCACAAGAAGAAUGGGAUUUUAUUCAUGAGUUAGACUUUUCUAUUCUAGAUGAUAAUGAAGAAAUAAUCAGAAAUUUCUACACACUAAAGCUUUCCAAAUUGGUGAAUACAGAUAGAAUAAGGGAAUCACAACAAUUACUUUCCAACGAGUAUAAUUUAGACUCGAACUCAGAUGUUGUCUGUAGUCAAGUGGAACUUCUACAUCUUAAGGGUAAAUUUGAUGAGUGUCUUGAUGUUUGUGAACAAUAUUUAUCAAAAGAUUCAUUUAAUCUUAAGCUUUUGCCAACAUAUAUUACCUGUUUAUUUGAAUUGUCAGCAAAAAAUAAAUUAUUUCUUCUAUCACAUAAAUUAGCGGAAAACUUACCGAAGAGUCCAAUUACUUGGUUUAGUGUAGCAACAUACUAUCUUACAAUGAAUAAAAUUAAUCAAGCUAGAAAAUUUUUUUCAAAGGCAUCUAUUUUGGAUCCUACUUUUGCACCUGCAUGGCUAGGAUUUGCACACACGUAUGCUCUUGAAGGUGAACAAGAUCAAGCAUUAGCAGCUUAUUCUACAGCUGCAAGAUUUUUCCCAGGUAGUCAUUUACCAUACCUAUUUCUUGGGAUGCAAUAUAUGACCUCAAACACAUUGUCAUUAGCAGAAGAAUAUUUCAAUCUAUCUUAUGAUAUUUGUCCUAGUGAUCCGUUGUUAUUAAAUGAAAUGGGAUGUCUGUAUUAUAAAAAGGAAGAAUUUGAUAAAUCUAAAAAAUAUUUGAAUAGAGCUUUAGAAGAAAUAAAGGAUGUCAGUCCAACAUCAAAAACAUCCAUCUCCAUUCAAACAAAUUUAGGGCAUACAUAUAAAAGACUUGGUGAAAAUGAAAGAGCUAUUAAAUGUUUCAGAUAUAUAUUGGAGGAUUCAGAAAAGGACUCAGAUGUAUAUUGUACAUUGGGGUUUUUGUAUUUAAAGACAAAUCAACUUGAGAAGGCUAUUGACUAUCUUCAUAAAUCGCUGGCAGUAUGUCCCUCAAAUAAGUAUGCAUCUGAUUUGUUACAACAUGCUUUAGAAUUGAAUGUUUCCCUAUCGCUGAAUGGUGAUCAUCUUUUAUCUGUGAGAACAAAUUUUGAAAAUUUGAUUUUAAAUAUAGACCAAUAUGAUCCAAAUAAUGAUAAAUUAAAUAAAAAUACAAAAAUAAAUGAUCAAAUAGUGAAUAAAAUCCAACGAAAAAGAUCAAAAAACCCAGCUUUACAGCCGUCACCAUAUUUAAAAAAAUCUAGAAGUAGAUCUAGUAAACGGCCAUUUUAUGAGAAUUCCACAGAACAAAACAAUAAUACCAGUAUCAACGAUAACUAUAUCGAACCUAUGGACGUUGAAUAG